CUUCGUGGACGUGGCUUGCAGUGUAACCCGUAAAAAAUUGCAAAUCUUUUGAAGAAACUAACAAAUUUCGAGAAUGCGAAGUCCCUCGGCAGCAGUUUCGGCAAUGCGAAGGAUUUGUCUGAUAUAAUGACUGGCAGCUUCAAGGUGCAACUCAUCAACAUGGGCACUCGUGCUGCCGCCUUUCAGGCAAAAUUGAGAGCCCUUCAUGAAUACCAUGUACGUCUAUUGCACAACGUCUUACCCGCGCCCUCUGGCGUAGAUAUUGCCAACAAUAUCAAAUACUUUUCUCAAACUCUACUAACUGUCCUUAAGGAUGUGCGAACCUCGCCGCACGAGCUUAUACGCGAUCCCCUCGAAGAUCCCACUCGCAUGUCUGCCUAUCCCAAUCUCGAAUAUGGCAACCUAUACAACGCUCUUACUAUGCUCAUUGAUGUGGCACCUUGUAUCCAGUAUGGACAAAUCGUGUUUGGAAAAGCUCUCCUGCAAUGCCUAAGCUGCAUCCUCCCCUUUCUCGACAAGGAUCUUAUCGAUAAUCUACCUUACCUUGUCAGCUCUACUAUCUCUGUUCUACCGCCAGCUUUGCACCAAGAUAUUGUCAACGCUCUAUGCUACUAUAUCCUGCCCUUUACUAUAACCCGUCGCAGCUCCGAUGAGCAGGAAUGCCAAGCUUGCCAGUCCGUGUCCUCGGUGAUCAUGAUGGUGCUGCAGUACUCCAAUAACCCAGCCCACCACUGUCAGCUGCUGGAGUGCCUGAUGACCCUCAAGCACAACGUGGUCAAGGACAUCCUCUGUGUGGUGGCCUAUGGUACCGCUAUCUCCCGAUCUUCGGCCGCCAAGCUGCUCUUCUACUACUGGCCAGCCUUCGACGCUAAUCUCUUUGACCGGAAAGUACUGCUUUCAAAGCUAACUAACGACCUGGUGCCCUUCACCUGCCAACGGGAGCAUUGUCCAAAUGCCGGAAACGCGGAGGCAGCCAAGGUGUGCUACGACCACAGCAUCAGCAUCACCUAUGCACCGGACUGUCCACCGCCGCUCUACCUGUGCAUCGAGUGCGCCAAUGAAAUCCACCGGGAGCACGGCAGCCUCGAGUUCGGCGACAUCCUUCAUCCCAUGCAGCAGGUGUCCAUGGUCUGCGAGAACAAGAACUGUCGCUCCAACGAGAAGUCCGCCUUCUCCAUCUGCUUCUCCACGGAGUGCGCCAGCUUCAAUGGCAACCAUCCCAUUCGCUACUGCAGCCAGUGCCACAGCAAUAGGCACAACUCCCGCCGUGGUGGCGACCACGUGGUGCAUCGCAGCUUGCAGCCCGCGUGGCAGAUGGACCCCGAGAUGCAGAUGCACAUGGUCGAGUCGGUGGUGAGUCUGCUCCGCGAGGCUAAGCCGCUGAACUUCGAGCCGGGCAAGGAGUCCUCGUCGUCCGAUGCCAAGAAGAAUGGCUCCGCGCUCACCGCCGACAACAUUUCUCUCGAGGAACGGCAGCGGUUGGGCCGCUAUGGCAUCUGGCUGCUGGUGGGUCGUUGCACUCCCACCGCCGAUACACCCGUCGAGGUGCUAGGCAGAAUCCUGAGCAUGCUCUUCCACUGGUUCCAUGUCACCGCCUAUUCAUACGACGCUGCCGGUCAGGUGGAGAGUACGAUUGAGAAGCUAAAGGUGGAUCACGUGUGCAACUGGCUGAAGGAGAUCUGUCGCAUUCAUUACAACGUCUUCAUCUCCUGCCUCCUGCCUCAUCCCCCCGAGUACGCCCGGGUCGGUGGCCACUGGGAGACCUUGGCGUCGCGUACCAGCCACCUGAAGGAGGGACUCCAGCGGCUGAUCUGCCUGGUGCCGUACGAGGUGAUCACCUCCGAGAUCUGGGACUACGUCAUGCCGCACUGGAUGGAGGCCAUCACCAAUGACGUGGCCGAGAAGGAGCUCAACGAGCUGAAGAUCGUGCUGAGCAAGAUCCUCGAUCCGGAGAUGUCGCCGCUGGGCUUUGACGCAAAGACCAUGUACAACUUUGUGGCCAUUCGAUUUGAGAAGACCACGGCCAAGGUGCAACAGCAGGCUCUUCACUGGCUGCAGAUCCUCACCAAGCUGGAGAUUCUCAUUCCCUUGGUGCAGCUCUUUGCCAUGUUCGGAGAUGGAGUGCGCAUCAUGAAGUACGGCAUUCAGCAUGAGUUAAUGCGCGAGAAGGAUGCCCAGUCUCAGGCCAAGAUUCCUAAGACUCCAUGCAAGGAGAGCAAGGAAACCAAGGCGGAGAUGGCCAAUCCCCCCAGGCGCAGUUCCAUCUCUCCUGUCGUUGAGGAUGACUCCGGCAACACAUCUGCCAUUUCGGAUGAUGAGGCUCCUACCAAUCGCCACACGGAGUUCUCCACGGAUGCUGAGCACAACCUCACCUGCUGCAUCCUCAUGCUGGACAUUCUGCUGAAGCAGAUGGAGCUACAGGACGUUGAGCAGCACAUGGGCAUCCACACGAGCGUCUGCGAGAACGUCUCGCGGCUGAUCAAGUGCAUGGUCACAGCUGCUCGUGUGGGUCUCAGCAGCCAUGUCUGUGCCCUAAAGGUUGCGGAAUGCGCCUACUGCGAGGCCUCGAUCAUGUGGCAUCAGCUCUCCACUAAGUUGGUCCAGUUCAUGGCUCCCCUGAAUCCUGUCAGACCACCAGAUGUACCCAUCGAGGACAUCAUUGAGGAGGAGAAGUCCUCCCGCAAGUCCCCACCCGAAUCGGACAAGGAAAAGACCCGUGAUCGAGAUGUUUCCCUCUCGAUGGCACCGCUACCGAUACCCUUGGGACCCCUAGGAGGAUUUGCAGAUAUCUUUAAGCUAGAUCAAUUCUUUUCAGACGAUGGAAAAAUUAUUAUAAUGGCAGGUCCUGUGCCGGUGGCCGUGCCCCAACCGGAACCCCACUCCGUGGGCGGAGUGCUCGUCCACAUGCCCCACGUCUGUUCCAAUAACGAAUAUGGGCAUUCAGUUGAUAGUAAUGAAUUGAGAAAAGUUCACGCCACAGACGAGAUCAUGACGGCCACAGUAGAGACAGUUUCAGAGCAACUCGACCUGGCCUCCAUCCUGCCCACCGACAGGGCCAUAGCCCGUAUCCUCUCGGACGCGGAUGUGGGCAGCGCCAAUGUCAGUGUCACCCGGGCCUCGGUCAUGGGUGAAAACGGUGCCAAUGGCGGAGCAGCGUGUGGCGGCGGUGAGAAUGGUAGCGGUUCCGAGGAGGAAGAGGAGGAGGAGGACAGCGACGACUUCUGGCACACCUCCGUCGGCAAGUUUAAGUUCACCCUGGACACGCUGCCCCAGCCGUUGCAGUACAUACAUCAGCUUCUGACGGAAAUCCCUACCAUCAAGAAGCCGGAGAUUCUUUACUAUGUCCUUCAGUGUCUCAACACAAUGGCCCUUCAUGGCGAUGCUUUGGCUAAGGCCGCUCGGGAGCAGCGUGGCUUCUUCAUCUGGUGCCAGGAGAAUCUUCUGAUCAAGAACCUGUGGGAGCUAUGCAACGCGGAGCACUCUCACAUCUGUCAGGUGGGCGUGCCUCUGCUGCUGCACUGCAUCACGCUGCCGCUGGGCUCCGAUGUCUUCUGGCGCGUGGUGCAGGAAGCCUUCCACGACACGGACUGGCGUGUCCGCUUCACGGCAGUGGAGCGCGUUACCGUGAUUACCCGGUUCAUGGACUCGACGCCCCUGCGCUCCGAGGUGGGUCUGCAGACGGCGCUGGCCACCGCCUUUUGUCACCUGAUCGCCAGUAUGGAUGACAUCAAUGUGUAUGUGGCGCAGCGGGCGACCCUGUACAUCGGUACCAUCCAUGACACGGCAAUACGGUCGCUGCUCUUCUGCCUGGAGUCGCAGUUUGAUCUCUUCAUCGUGGACCGACCGGUGGUGCUCCAGUCGGUCUACCAGCUCCACAACUCCCUCUCCGACCGCAAGAUGCUCGGCUGGGAGUUCUUUCUCAACCGCUUCGACACGCUCUUUGUGGAGGCACAGAUCAGCCUGGAGAAAUGUGGUGACAUCUCGUACCUGCGGGAUCUGCGAAACUCGGACAAUGGCAGCGAGGCGCUCUCGGCCAAGAUCCAGAAGGCCCGCGAGGCACUGAACCAGUCGGACACCAGUGGCAGCAUGGCCAAGACGCUGAGCGCCUCCUUCGGCACCAAGUGGCCCUAUAAACGGACCAUGUCCGCACCGGCCAGCAUGGCGCCUCGUCAAGACAGCAAGUUUGUGCCCGAGAAGGAGAAGAUCUACAGCCGGCAGGUGUCUGCGCCGAUCCUCAAGCGGAAGACCUCGCGUUUCGGACUGGGUCAGUUCCUGGGCAGUAGUAGUGGGGGUGCCUCUGGCAGCAGCCAGGCGGCGAAUCCAGCAGCAACGGCAGCGGGCUCCACACGACCCAAGCCGCCGCCUUGUCCUGUCCACCACACGGCCUUUCCCUACCACCACCACCACCACCCGCAUCCUCACGCCCACCCACACCCUCACCCACACCACUCCUACCCACACAACCACCACCACCUGUCACAUCAUUAUGCCGGUAGUAGUGCACACGUAGCCACCAGUUCCUCCUCCGCCGGCAUGGUCUCGGCGCACAGCCAGAGCCACCAGUACCUAGUGCAUUGCGUGCCGCCCAGCCACCACAGUCCGAUGCCCACGCUGCAGGAGGCGGAGACGCUGCUGCGCUCCCAGGCGGCCGCCGAUGCAGCCGCAGCCAGCGGAUCAACCGCCCAGGAGGCAGCGGAAGCGGCAGGAACGGGGGCAGCUGCGGGAGUUACCAGCAGCAGCACAGGGAAUCCGAUUACCCCCCACUCCUUUCACUCCCACUUCCAAAAGCAUCCAUCGGCCCCCAAUUUGCUGCCCCCGCAGUCAGCCAUCGUGCCGGCCCCCAGUCCCAGCCCCUCGACUCUGGCCUUCCCCCUGCACUGCACCUGCGAUGCCGCACCCCAUUCGCAUCCCCAGCUCUCGGGUGCGGCGGCCACCGGCGGCACGGCGAACCCAGAUGGUCACAUCCACUCGUUGGGCGGCUUAAACGAUGAGAACCUCAUCGGUUUGCUCUCGAGGAUCACAGAGCUGGAGGAGUCUGAUCGGGAAACCAUUCACCUUCUCGUCUUCAUGCUCAUGCAAUUCAUGUCUCGCACGGAUCAGGCAUUCCCCUCGGAGGAGAAGCCCGUGACCAAGACCCAAAAUAUAGUAUUGAAGCACCUUUUCCUGUUGCUCGGCCACAACCAGAUCGACAAGACCUUCCACACAACACCAGAGUCUUUAAGGGUCUCGGCCGUGUUCAAUGCCUUUUUGGCAAACCUGCCGCAGGUCCUGGACCAGAACCACCUGAUCGGUGGCCUCAUUCUGCCCUCGGUUAUGCAGAUCAUAUUAUAUGCUCCCAAUCCGACCAGCACCACGGGCGAGUACCAGAAUAUUGUCUUUAACUACUCUCUAUGGCACUUGGAGCAAUAUCCGCGCCGCAACUGGCUCUUCACCUUGCUGGUUGUGCUCUACAAGUACUCCUACACCCAACCUCCACUCAGUGGCUACGUUAUCUCGGCCAUCCGGAUGAUAAUGAACAGUCUGCGCGGCCACUUCCAUCAAUGUCGCCGGAUUCCCACUACCACAAUUCUGGACAUACAGGGCGUGGGCGGAGCAGCUCGCUCACGGGACGUCAGUCAGCCCUCGCUGGGCACCGAUCCGGACGACAAGGAGGCCAGUCCGCCGGCCAGCCCCAUGUUCCCCUCAGAGGGAACCAGUGCCGCCUCCAAGAGCAAGGGCCAGAACGUGGCAUUCACGCCAAAGCUGCAACAUGCUUUCCGGAAGUACAAUGACUCCAGCCUGGAUGCGGAUGAAACGGAGUCGGAGCUGGUGGCCAUACCCGAGAGCGAUCUUUCGGACAGCACUCUACAUGGCAGCAGUGCACCGGGAUCCUUUGACGACACCAUACAUUUCGAGGAUGUUAUGCCAAGGAAUCGUCGAACCCUUGAGUACACCGAGGAGAAAUCCACCAAAUCCCACAAGUCAAUGAUCACCACCAAGGUGGGCGAUACAUACACCACCAAGAUCAAGGCCACCACUACCAGUGAGACCCUGGUAACAACCCACACAAGGCAUAGCCUGCAGGAAGGCGUCCGCAUGAUAGUCACCCCACUGGUGGGUGCGGAGACCACUGAGACGGCCAUUGUGAGUCCUCCAGUGGAUGUUCAUCGAGCUGUGACCGUACGCAACAAGUCGCUGGAGAACGCCGCCGCUUCCACUUCAAAGAUGUUUGCCGCCAUAGCCACGAAUCAUCUUAAGGCUCUGGGAGCCCUACAAGAUGUGCCGACCACAGCGGCGGUGGAAAAGAAGGCAGGAUCCAGCAGUGGCAGUGGCAGUCGUUCAGCCAAUGGCAAUGGCAGUGGAGGCAGUGCUCCGGCUGCCGUCCAGGCAACAUCCUCAACAGCAGCUCCCACUGUGGCCACCAAGCCCAUUGGACGUCACAAGACGAUCGUGGAGUGCAGUGCCGGGAACUCAAGCUCCUCGGCAGAUGACUCGCGGCAAAAGAAAUCCCAGACCAAGUCCUUAAAGCGCACUGAUAAGAACUAUGGUUCGCCAGAGUCGCCGCUUUCCAAGAUGAGCGUGAUGCCAAACCCGCGGGAUGAGGUGGACGAAGGAAUGCAGACCUUGCCGCCACCCAAGAGCAUUGCCGCCCUGGAGAUUCCCACUCCGGAGCGCCUUCUACCCAUUGGUACCCAGGACUCGGUGGCCACGCUGGUGGAGCGGGUUAGGGAUGGCCUUAACAUCCCGGAUAUAAGUCAUCUUAAGCAGGACAGUCUGGAUGUGUCGGAGAGCACCAAGGACGACGUUACGCCCAGCAGUCGUACCAACUCCCCCCGUCGUCUCAUUAAGCAGGUGGCCUUGGAGUCACCACCAAACCCAAAUGCUCAGCUACCCUCCCAGCCCCCGGCUGAUCUUCACACCUCCAUCUUGAAGAAUGUUCAACAGGAGCUCAAGCAGAAUGCGGGUGCUAAUGGCGGUGGAGGUCUGACCACCAGCAACAGCAUCAAGCGGCCUCGCCAGAAGCUGGCCCCUUUCAAUGUGGACACCAAUGCCAUUCCGGACAUCCGAUCUCGCUAUGCGGGCUCCUGGCCUCCGCCACCCUUUCAACCCGUGGAUACCGAACCUGAUGACGAUGGAGAUGAGAUUGGGGCUGAGACUACAAAUGGUCAUGGAGCGCAGUCAACCUCACAUGCUGGGCGUGGGCAGAGCUCCCGCCGGGUAGGUGACUACACCAUCGUAGAGCGUUGCUCGGAUUGUGGUGCCCAUAUUGAAGAGUAUACAGACGAAGAGAUUGGAAUUUUCAUCGUUAUCCUCGGCACCUUUAUCCACCGUGAACCCGCUAUGGCAGCUCCAUUCCUGCCCGAGAUUCUGACCAUGACAUCGCGCAUCUGUUUGAGCUGCACCCAUGCCUGGCAGGGCGAGAUUGGUCCACCUUUGGCCAGCAGUGCCCAGGCGGUGGCUCUCCAAUUCUUCCGCUGCAUUCUCCACCAGCUGGCCCCCAAUGGUAUCUUCCUGCAAGUUUUCCAGACCCAAAUGAAGAUGAAAAUACGCCACAACCAUUUCCGGAGUAUUGCCAAGGCGCUGCAGGAUUUCCAGGAUCUAAAUGCCACCAGUCCCAUUUACAUGGUGUGCGAAUCGCUGACGUCCAAGAAGGCGCUGCCUGUAGACCAGCUGCCUGUGAUCUUCCGCAACAUGGCCGAGUAUCUCAACCUCCAGUGUGUGCCGGCCGAGGCAGGUGUGGGCUUGGCCGUCUGGUCACAGGCCAUGCAAGCCAUGGAGUCGCUACUGCGCCAAGUUAUCGUGAUCAUGCCUAGCCUGAGCAAUGCAGAGUACAUGCUGGACAUUAUUGCGGCCACCUUGAGGCUCAACUGUGUUCCGAAAACGCUACUCGAUCCAUACUCCAAGAUCAUGGCCUACUGUGUGCAGCACACAAAUCUGGAGUACCAAACCCUCUACGAACUGUGCACCCUGAACACUCGCUCCUUUAGCAAGGAUCGCGACAAGAACCUGCUGUGCCGCCAGAUGAUUUUUGAGUUUGUCCAGGCCCUCAAAUUCAAGUCGAAUAUCCCGGAUCAUAAUCUCCUCACAAUCGUCGGGUUCGUGCUGCUCGAUGCCGGGGGUACGUUACCGCCAGGAUCUGCUCCUGGCCUGCCCGAUGCGGCUCCCAUGCUGACCACCAAUGCAGCCGAUUGCUUGAGGCAGUACAUCAACGACGUGAUUGACUUCCUGGCCGACUUCCAUACGCUCAGCAAGAUUAAGAACUUUAAGAACGGCCAAGCCAGCAAUGGCCUUGGAGAGGACACCUUGGGUGGGGUACUAAAGGGAGCGGUGGCUCAAUACCUGGCCCUAGAGAUGUCGCGAGGCAACUCCCGGGACAACAAGGCCGUAUCCCGAUAUCUGCCUUGGCUAAACAAUGCUCCGUCCUCUUUGCAGCAGGGGCCCAAGGAGUUCACCGAGUGCGUGGGCCACAUGCGUCUGCUCUCCUGGCUCCUGCUCGGCUCCCUUACCCACAUGGCUUUAAUGCAGCGUCGCCAAGAGACGCACACCAUACCCACGCCCCUGCCCCCGAAUUCAGCACCCGGCCAGGGAACAGCUGGUGUCCACUAUCAGCACCAGGGAGUGACCUACUCGCAGCCAGUGCCACAGGAGGCUUCCUGCCACAUUGCCGAUCACAUUCAGGUGAUCUUUGCCGGGUUUGCGGAACAAUCGAAGACCUCGGUGCUGCACAUGUCCUCGCUUUUCCAUGCUUUUACUCUGUGUCAACUAUGGACCGUAUACCUGGAGCAGAUGGCCCAUAACACGAACAGCAAUGCCGAGGGCAGCACGCUAGGAGUGCUCUUCGAGUUCUGGGCUAAGGUCACGCCCUGCAUCCUGCAGCUGGUGUCCCAUGCCAAGCCAACGGUCAACAAGGACCAACAGCCGACCACCAUGGACUUCCAGACGCAGAGCGCCAACUCCAAGUUGUCUGAGAUGGUCAACCUGCACUUCCUUAGUCUACUGGAGGCGCUUAAGGACACCAACUCAACGGUGCUGGGAAAACUGCUGCCCAUGUGGAGUCCCGUACUCUCCUCGCAGACCCAACUCUCAGAUACUCUGCACGUCCGUCUGCAAAAUGUGCGGGACUAUGCUCCGGAUUACGAGGAGCAGCAGGCCCUCAAGUCAGAGGCGCUGUUGAAGUGGCUCCAGCGACUCCAGUUCAAGAUGGGGCAAAUCGAGCUACAGGCCUCCACGGCCACACAAUUCUAUUCUAUAUAAAGAGCACAGGCACCUAGUGAGUUAUGCCAGUAGUAAUAAUCUUAUUUAGUAAUUGUUGCCUACGCCAAAUAAAUAGUUCACAAUG